AUGUCCCCUCCGUCACCUCCAAUACACUACUCUGAUUUCACUUCGACGCCAAUCAUAAGAAUUUACACUCCGCCAUCGUCACCCCCAACAAUGUCAGCAACAGGACAAGAGGAAUGGGAUAGUGUUGAUGAUUUCUCUGUCGAUUCUUUACCUGCUGAAGAUUCUUCUUCCACCGCUCAAACUACUUUUACACCAAGCUCACCACCCGAAGAAAUUAAUUGUGAAGAAAUUUCUAAUGAAACUGAUGUUCAAAAGAAUUCUUCAACAGAGAUUUUACAAAAAAUGGGACAUUGGUUUUAUAAUACACGAUUCAUCCAAUAUAUGAAAUCAGAUGAAAGAUCUAGGGUCAAACAUGUUUAUUCAACCAAUCCCAUAUGGAUGUUAGGAAUAGAAUAUAAAUUUAUAGAGGAUACCGGAUCAGUAAGUUUUCCGAAGCAAGAUAAGGAUUCUCGAGGUGGUCGAGCAUCAUCUUUAUUAAAUUUCAUGUUUGGAUCCGCUGAAGAAGAGGAAGAUUAUUGUGAUGUACCUUCACAUAAUCGAAGUCACAGUGAUGAAUAUUUAAAAGAUAAACCUGAUUUAUCGUCAUCUUCAACUUACAUAAGGAAUCCAGAAUUUCAAACAAAUAAUAAUUUGCAACCUUAUAAUAUUCAAAGAUUAUCAAUUGCACAAAAUAUUUUAAAAAAUAUUAAUGUAUCGAAUCAUGAGAAUGAACCUACAAGUCCCACAAAUAAAAAUAAGUUAACAUCACCACCAUCACAAAGACUUUAUCCACAUUUGGAGGCAGAAGGAGAUUAUGAACAAAAAUAUUCAAUAGAUGAUCCAAGAUUUAAUAAUACUAGUAUAGAUGGAUUACAAAGGAAACAAAUAGAAGUUACAUAUCCUGAGAAUAUAACUUAUAGUUCAGAAGAAGAAAGUGAUCUUAGUGACAUAAUUAAUGAAGUUGACAUACUUUCAGGUGAUAAUUUAUCAGUGAAAACUAUAACUCGAGGGUCACUUCCAACACAAAAUGACAAUUCAAUUCAUUCAAAUUUUGAAAUAAUAAAAGACAUUGAUAUUAAUAAAGAUAUUAUUAUUUCGGAUGGUUCACAAUCUACAAAUAAAUUCUCAGAUACAGGAUCAGUAAAGUCAACAAGUUCUUUCAAAUCAUUAACCCCAACUCCUACCAGUCUUUAUAGACCGGAUUCACUUGGAACGUUAACGCCGGAUCAAAAAAUAUUGAUGGAUUUUGUUUUGGAUUUUCAAUCAAGAAUAUAUUGUUCUUAUCGUAAAGAUUUUUUACCUAUCGAACCAGCAUUUCAUACAACCGACACAGGAUGGGGUUGCAUGCAUAGGACUGGACAAAGUUUAUUAGCACAGGGAUUUUUGUGGGUUCUUUUAGGAAGAGACUGGAGAUUACAUAAUUUUCAAACCGACUCUGAUUUAUUAAUUUACAGAAAGAUUUUGCGUUGGUUCAUGGAUGGUCCAGAACCAGAACAUUACUAUUCUAUUCACAACAUAGCUCGUGCUGGAAUUUCAUUGGAUAAAAGAAUUGGAGAUUGGUUUGGACCUGCUACAGUUGCUCACGCAAUAAAACGAUUGUCAUUGUAUCAUAAAGAAUGUCCAUUGGUGAUUUAUGUUCCAACUGACAAUACGAUAUAUAAAAGUGAAAUUGCCACUUAUGCAUUAGGGGAAUAUGAAUCAAAUAGUUUAUUUAUUGAUCAGAGACCCUGGAAACCUGUACUUAUAUUAUUUUCUGUUAGGUUAGGCACUGAUAAAUUUAACCUAAGUUAUGCAGAAAAUUUGAAGAAACUGUUUAGUUUUCCUCAAUUCUUGGGAAUUGCAGGUGGAAGGCCCGGAAGAUCAUUGUAUUUUGUGGCUGUUCAAGAUGAUGAACUUUAUUAUCUCGAUCCUCAUUUUGUUCGUCCCGCCAUAAAUCUCAAUAAAGUCACGGAAUUUCCCAUCGAGGAUUAUCAUUCAACCAUAAUUCGAGCUAUGGAUAUUUCCGAAAUGGAUCCAUCAAUGCUUUUGGGAUUUUUAUGCCAAAAUUCAAAUGAUUUUGAUAAUCUUUGUGAACGAUUUGAUAAGGAAAUGAAUUCACAAUAUCCAAUCUUAACAAUAUUGAAUAGUUUCCCGAUUCACAAUUCUUGGGCAAGUACUAAAUCAUUGAGUGAAUCGUCAAGUGAAAAGUCGGUACUUGAUGG